AUGGGCAGACAGAACCUGCUUGCCGAAAGACGAAAGUCGCAGUCCUAUUUUGUCAUUGUUGAAUACCAAGAUAGAAUCGGCGGGCGUUUACAUAAUGUCAAGUUUGGGAAGAAGAAAGACGGGUCCCCAUAUACCGUUGAGGCCGGUGCAAACUGGGCUAAAAAAUACAAGCUUCGAGCCCUGGCGACAGACUAUGACAACAAAACAACAUACGAUAAGACCGGCAAAAAUGAUUUUUCCAAGAUAAUAGCCAAUGCACAAGCAGCUAUGGAAAAGGUGGUUACUCAUGCUGGGUCACUGUUAAAGAAUAAUAUUCAAGACAAGACAGUUCGUGCGGCCCUUCGAUUUAUGGGAUGGAAUCCAGCUGCGAAUAAUGCACAUGCACAGUUUGCAGACUGGUUCGGCAGCGACUUCGAAUCUAGUUUCACUCCAGAGGAGAAUUCUGCAGUUUUCUCAUCCGUUGCCGACAACGCCACUUUCAAACACUUUUCUGAUGAUAACCUUUUCGUCUAUGACCAGCGGGGCUACAGCACCUUUAUUAGAGGCGAGGCUGCUACAUUCCUUCAGCCCAAUGACCCCAGACUGCUCCUGAAUACCGUUGUUCAGGUUGUUAACUACACGGACAACGGUGUGACUGUCGUAACCAACGACGGUGGCUGUGUCCAAGCUGAUUAUGCAGUUGCAACAUUUUCACUGGGAGUUUUACAGCGUGAUGUGGUACAAUUCUACCCUCCAUUCCCUAACUGGAAAAAAUCUGCCAUCUCAAGUUUUGAGAUAGGAACAUAUACCAAGAUAUUCCUCCAGUUCGACAAAGCGUUCUGGCCAAACAGUCAGUAUCUUAUGUACGCUGACCCCCACGAGAGAGGUUACUAUCCUCUUUUCCAACCGUUAGAUCUUCCAGGUGCUCUCCAAGGCUCUGGAAUCCUUGUAGGCACCGUUGUGGGUAAACAGGCACGCAGAGUCGAAGCCCAAACGAACCAGGAGACCCAGGAAGAAAUUAUGAAAGUUCUUCGGACGAUGUUUGGAGAAAGCAUCCCUGACCCAACUGAUAUUUGGUAUCCGCGAUGGAACCAGGAGCCCUGGGCUUAUGGCUCGUAUUCAAACUGGCCCCCAUCAACCAGUCUGCAGGCACACCAAAAUCUCCGAGCAAACGUUGGCCGACUCUUUUUUGCUGGUGAGGCGACAAGCCAGGAGUUUUACGGCUACUUGCACGGCGCUUUAUUUGAGGGACGUGCAGUAGGACAGAUGUUGGCCACUUGCAUUGAUGAUCCAGUGCGGUGUACGGAUAAGAAUGGGCAACCACGGUACCCGGUACUGAGUGGAGUCACUCCUUAUGAUCUAUACAAUGAGGAAAACGGAUGGUUCGUGAGCACCAUAGCUUAG